ACCAACGCCGCUCCCAUUGUCGACAAUCCACCAACCCCGCCCUCUGCGCCCGCCGCCUACACUCUCCCCUAAUACCAGACUCUACGACACUCACCAUGCCGGGCGCCAAGACCACGCUGCUCAUCGAGGGCACCUUCGAGGAGCUUACCGACGAGUUCGCACAAUACAUUGACAGCCUCAAAAAAUCCCAGGGCGAUGAGAGCGCCAACCUCCAGGGCGAGAGCGCAGACCUGCUCAAGGAGAACAAGAAGGACGAUGUUCUCAAGAAGCUCGUCGUCGGUAGCCAAGCGCUGAACCAGGCGCCAGAGAAGGAAUUCAUUGCGGCAUACAACCUGCUUAUCCACCUCGUAAACCAGUCGCCGAAUGUGUCCGUGUUCAUCCCCAAGAUGUGCCAGAACCUUAGCACACCUAUCUCUUCGUCGCCUCAGAACGGUGGUGGUCUGGCUCUCUCCAUCCUCAGCACCAUCUUCAACACCACCCAGCCGGACAGCGAAACGCGCUACCACGUGCUCCUCGCCAUUCUCCGUGUCAUUCGCGCUACAUCAAAUUUCGAGACGCUACGACCACAACUGAAGCAGCUCGACAGCUGGAUAGCUGCAUGGCAGACUGGGGAGGAGAAUGCGCGCAAGCUUUACCUUGCUGUUAGCGACGUCGCAUCGGACGCUGGCGAGGACGAGCAGGCAUACACAUAUUUGCUACGCGCGCUUAGGACGUUCCCUUCAGAACAAGCAUCGUCCCCAGAGGCUCGUGAGCUUUCUCUCCGCGCCCUCAAGUCGGCCCUUACCCACCCCACCCACUUCGACUUCCAAGAUCUUACCGAUCUCGACUCGAUCCAGGCCCUCCGCAACUCCGACCCUGUCUACUUCCAGCUCCUCGAGAUCUUCAACUCGGAUCUGCUAGAGGACUUCAACGACUUCAAGGAUGAACACGAUGGCUGGGUUGAGGAGUCCGGUCUCGACGGCGCUGCCUUGAACCGCAAGAUGCGCCUUCUCACUCUCGCAUCCAUGGCUGCAUCCGCCGGUCAGACCAGGUCGCUUCCCUACGAGAAGAUCGCAAACAAACUACAAGUACCAUCUGAAGACGUCGAGAUGUGGGUUAUCGACGUAAUCCGCGCGGGUCUUGUCGAGGGCAAGCUCAGCCAGCUCAACCAGACCUUCCUGAUCCACCGCUCAACAUACCGCGUCUUUGGCGAAAACCAGUGGAGAGAGGUGGACUCCAGGUUAAACCUAUGGCGAAACAGUCUACAAGGUGUUCUGGACGUCAUUAAGCAAGAGAAGCAGAGGUUCUUGCAGGAGAAGGAGGACGAGGCAAACAAGGCAGACCAGAAGGCUGAUAUGUCCUCGAGGUUCGGCGGACGGGGUGGACAGAGGAAGCAGCACAGGGCCAUCGAUGAAGAUAUGGACUAAGUGGCUGCAGCGACUUGAUUCGCGUUUGUUUCUUUCAAAAGGGGUAAGCUUGGGACAGAUGCAUUAUGAGGCUUUUCAGGUUCAUGAACAGCAGCCCUCGAGCUGCAUGAUAGACAAUGCAAUUCAGAUAUAUUGAUUCUUGCGCCCCUCCCACUGUCUAUG